UUGAUUAACUAUUUUUUUUUCAAUUAUUGUUUAAUUUUCUGCUUAUAUUCUCUGAUAUACUAUCUCUACUUAUAUCUAUCUAUCUAUCUAUCUAUCUAUCUAUCUAUCUAUCUAUCUCGGACUGCUCUUAUCUGUUCUCUCUCUUUCUCUGAUCAUAUGUAUCUAUCUGUCUAUUUAUCUCUCUUUUUCUGCUCAUAUCUGUCUGUCUGUCUAUCUAUCUAUCUAUCUAUCUGUCUGUCUGUCUCUGCUCAUAUCUAUCUAUCUAUCUAUCUCUGUUCAUAUCUAUCUAUCUAUCGAUCUCAGUCUGUUCAUAUCUAUGACAUUUCUGCUCAUAUCUAUCUAUAUAUCUAUCGCCAAAUAUAUAUGUGCAUGCAUGUAUGCCUGCAAACAUGCAUGCACGUAUUAUUUUUUCUUCUUUUUCUUCUUCUUCUUCUUCUAUGUACCGUAUGUCCUCUUGACGCAGCCGAUCAUCGUUCUCUUCUAUCCUUCGUACUUCUUAGCAAUGCUUGUCAUUUCCCUCUCUCUCUCUCUCUCUCUCUCUCACUCUCUCUCUCUCUCUCUUUUCUUUCUUUUUCUUCUUUUUACUUAUUUUAUUCCCAAGCGUUAGUGAUAUUUGAUGAUCAGUUUGAAAAUAGCCAUCGCUUUAUUAACGCGGUCGAUUUAUGUUGCUGCUUUCACUCUCUCUUACCUUUUCUUAUUUUUCCUUCAUUCCUUCCUUCUCUUCUUUUUCUCACUUUUACUUUCCCUCCCCCUCCCUUCCUUCCUUACUUCCUUCUUUUCUUUAUCUUUCCUUCCAUAUUUCCACACUUCUCCUUUUCUUUCCAUCUUUUCUUCCCUCACUCUUUCCUUCUUAUUCUUUCCCUGCCUUAUUCCUUCCUCUUCUUCUCAGACUUGCUUCUUCUUUCUUUUCUCUGUGUUCUUCUUUUCUUUCUUCUUUCUUUUUUUCCCCUCACUCUGCUGUUUAUUCUUCCUUUCUUUCCAUUUCUUUUACUUACUUCUUUUGUUACUUCCUUUUUUCCUCCAUUUCGCUUCACUCCUUUUCUUCCUCACUCCUCUCUCUUCCUUCCUUCCGUUGUUUUCUCCUUCCUACCUUCGUUUUCCCUUCCUUUCUCAAUUCCGUUCUCUCUCCCUUUCAUUCCUUCUCCUUUCUUCUUUCAUUCCUUCCUUAUCUGCUGCUGA